AUGUUACAACAGUUUUAUCUCUGGAAAUGGUUAGCUUCGGGGAUCAUCCUUGGUUCUUUCUUCGGAAUCUGCUUUGGCCAGUAUGAAGAUGACUGGCAAUAUGAGGAUUGCAAACUAGCUAGGGGAGGACCACCAGCUACCAUAGUCGCUAUUGAUGAAGAGAGUCGGAAUGGUACCAUUAUAGUGGAUAACAUGCUGAUCAAGGGGACUGCUGGGGGACCAGACCCCACCAUCGAGCUCUCUUUAAAGGACAACGUGGACUACUGGGUGCUGCUGGAUCCCAUAAAGCAGAUGCUAUUCCUGAACAGCACGGGCAGAGUUCUGGAUAGAGAUCCACCAAUGAACAUACACUCCAUCGUGGUGCAAGUCCAGUGUGUCAACAAAAAGGUGGGCACUGUUAUCUACCAUGAAGUUCGAAUCGUGGUGAGAGACAGGAAUGACAACUCACCCACAUUCAAGCAUGAAAGCUACUAUGCCACUGUGAAUGAGCUCACCCCAGUUGGCACCACGAUAUUUACUGGAUUUGCAGGAGACAAUGGAGCUACAGACAUCGAUGACGGCCCAAACGGACAGAUAGAAUAUGUGAUUCAGUAUAAUCCAGAUGAUCCGACAUCCAAUGAAACCUUUGAAAUUCCCCUCAUGUUGACUGGAAAUGUAGUGUUAAGGAAAAGGCUCAACUAUGAAGAUAAAACACGCUACUAUGUCAUCAUUCAAGCUAAUGACCGUGCACAAAAUCUGAAUGAACGGCGAACCACCACCACCACCCUCACAGUGGAUGUUCUGGAUGGAGAUGACUUGGGACCAAUGUUUCUUCCUUGUGUCCUGGUGCCAAACACUCGUGAUUGUCGUCCGCUCACCUAUCAAGCUGCCAUACCUGAGCUGAGAACUCCGGAAGAACUGAACCCCAUCAUCGUUACCCCACCCAUCCAAGCCAUUGAUCAGGACCGGAAUAUUCAGCCGCCAUCAGAUAGGCCGGGCAUCCUCUAUUCCAUCCUUGUUGGGACUCCUGAGGAUUACCCACGAUUUUUCCAUAUGCAUCCCAGGACUGCAGAACUUAGUCUCCUGGAGCCAGUAAACAGAGACUUUUACCAGAAAUUUGAUUUGGUUAUUAAGGCUGAACAGGACAAUGGUCAUCCUCUCCCUGCCUUUGCCAGUCUACAUAUUGAAAUACUGGAUGAGAAUAAUCAGAGCCCGUAUUUCACGAUGCCCAGUUAUCAAGGCUACAUUCUAGAAUCUGCCCCAGUGGGAUCAACUAUUUCCGACAGUGUAAAUUUGACCACCCCUCUAAGAAUUGUGGUUCUAGACAAGGACAUAGAAGAUACGAAAGACCCAGAGCUUCACCUUUUCCUGAAUGACUACACCUCCGUGUUCACCAUCACACCGACUGGAAUCACCCGCUUCCUCACCUUACUGCAGCCAGUGGACAGGGAGGAACAGGACACUUACAUCUUCUCGAUGACGGCCUUUGAUGGUGUGCAAGAAAGCCAGCCAGUUGUUGUCAAUAUUCGGGUGAUGGAUGCAAAUGAUAACACUCCAACCUUCCCUGAAAUAUCCUAUAAUGUCUACGUUUAUACAGACAUGAGCCCUGGGGAUAGUGUCAUACAGCUCACUGCAGUGGACGCAGACGAAGGGUCGAAUGGGGAGAUCUCCUAUGAAAUCCUGAUUGGGGAUCAGGGAGACUUCAUCAUCAAUAGAGAAACAGGGCUUAUCACCAUCGCUCCAGGGGUGGAAUUGAUAGUUGGGCGGACCUACGCGCUCACCGUCCAGGCCGCGGAUAAUGCUCCUCCUGCAGAGAGAAGGCACUCCAUCUGCACCGUGUACAUUGAAGUGCUUCCUCCAAACAAUCAAAGCCCUCCCCGCUUCCCACAGAUGAUGUACAGCCUAGAAGUCAGUGAGGCCAUGAGGAUUGGUGCUGUUUUAUUAAAUCUACAGGCAACUGAUCGAGAGGGAGACCCAAUAACAUAUGCCAUUGAGAAUGGAGAUCCUCAGCGAGUUUUCAAUCUUUCAGAAACAACUGGGAUUCUAACCUUAGGGAAAGCCCUGGACAGGGAGAGCACCGAUCGCUACAUUCUAAUCGUCACUGCACACGAUGGGAGGCCAGAUGGGACCUCAACUGCCACAGUAAACAUAGUGGUGUCAGAUGUGAAUGACAAUGAUCCAGUGUUUGAUCCCUAUCUGCCUAGAAAUCUGUCUGUGGUGGAAGAAGAAGCCAAUGCCUUUGUGGGUCAAGUCAGGGCAACUGACCCUGAUGCUGGAAUAAAUGGCCAAGUGUACUACAGUUUGGGUAACUUCAAUCAUCUUUUUCGUAUCACAUCCAAUGGGAGCAUUUACACAACAGUGAAGCUUAACAGGGAAGUCAGGGACUACUAUGAACUUCUUGUUGUGGCAACCGAUGGAGCAGUACACCCUCGUCAUUCAACUCUAACACUGGCCAUCAAGGUGUUGGAUAUUGAUGAUAACAGUCCUGUGUUCACCAAUUCAACAUAUACUGUUGUUGUUGAAGAGAAUCUGCCAGCUGGGACCACCUUCCUUCAAGUAGAGGCCACGGAUGUUGACCUUGGAGCAAAUGUGUCUUAUCGGAUAAGAAGCCCAGAAGUGAAGCACCUUUUUGCAAUGCACCCAUUUACAGGAGAACUUUCCCUUUUAAGGAGUUUGGACUAUGAGUCAUUUCCAGACCAGGAAGCAAGCAUCACUUUCCUAGUGGAGGCCUUUGAUAUUUACGGCACAAUGCCACCUGGGAUUGCUACCGUCACAGUGAUAGUAAAGGACAUGAAUGAUUACCCUCCAGUGUUUAGUAAACGCAUCUACAAAGGGAUCGUGGCUCCAGAUGCUGUCAAGGGUACCCCGAUCACAAGUGUUUAUGCUGAAGAUGCAGACCCUCCUGUACCUGCAAGUCGUGUGAGAUAUAGAGUAGAUGGUGUCCAGUCUCCUUAUCCUGCCAGUAUUUUUGAUGUAGAAGAAGAUUCUGGAACAGUAAUAACUCGAGUCAAUCUUAAUGAAGAACCUACGACCAUUUUUAAGUUGGUGGUUAUUGCGUUUGAUGAUGGUGAGCCUGUGAUGUCCAGCAGUGCCGUGGUGAAAAUCCUUGUCUUACAUCCCGGAGAAAUCCCACGUUUCACACAAGAGGAAUACAGGCCUCCUCCCGUAAGUGAACUUGCAGCCAGAGGGACUGCGGUUGGUGUAAUUUCUGCUGCAGCCAUCAAUCAGAGCAUUGUGUACUCCAUUGUUUCAGGAAAUGAAGAGGGUAAGUUUGGAAUUAAUAACGUCACGGGUGUUAUCUAUGUGAACGACCUUCUGGACUAUGAAACAAGGACAAGCUAUGUACUUCGAGUCCAAGCUGAUUCCCUGGAAGUGGUCCUCGCCAAUCUCCGAGUUCCUUCAAAAAGCAAUACAGCUAAGGUAUAUAUUGAGAUUCAGGAUGAAAAUGAUCAUCCCCCAGUGUUUCAGAAAAAGUUCUACAUUGGAGGUGUAUCUGAAGAUGCAAGGAUGUUUGAUUCUGUGCUCAAAGUUAAGGCUACUGAUAAAGAUACUGGCAAUUACAGUGCCAUAGCAUACAGACUCAUAAUUCCACCAAUCAAAGAAGGAAAAGAAGGAUUCGUGGUGGAAACAUAUACAGGGCUUAUCAAAACGGCCAUGCUCUUCCAUAACAUGAGGAGGUCCUACUUCAUGUUUCAAGUCAUCGCAACUGACGACUAUGGGAAGGGACUAAGUGGCAAAGCAGAUGUACUUGUCUCUGUUGUCAAUCAGCUGGACAUGCAAGUCAUUGUUUCUAAUGUGCCCCCCACUCUAGUGGAAAAAAAGAUAGAAGAACUUACAGAGAUUUUGGAUCGCUAUGUUCAGGAGCAAAUUCCUGGUGCCAAAGUUGUGGUGGAGUCUAUUGGUGCUCGCCGGCACGGAGAUGCCUUUUCUCUGGAAGAUUACAGCAAGUGCGACUUGACCGUCUAUGCAAUCGACCCUCAGACCAAUAGAGCCAUCGACAGAAAAGAGCUUUUUAAAUUCUUGGAUGGCAAACUGCUCGAUAUCAAUAAAGACUUUCAACCGCAUUAUGGGGAAGGAGGACGCAUUCUGGAGAUCCGGACUCCAGAGGCAGUGACCAGCAUCAAGAAGCGAGGAGAGAGUCUAGGCUACACAGAAGGGGCCUUGCUGGCUCUGGCCUUCAUCAUUAUCCUCUGCUGUAUUCCUGCCGUCCUGGUGGUUUUGGUCAGCUACAGACAGUUCAAAGUACGCCAAGCCGAGUGCACCAAGACAGCUCGACUCCAAGCUGCUGCUGCUGCGAUGCCCCCUCCCAAGCCAGCAGCUCCUGCCCCUGCCCCAGUGGCCGCACCUCCAGCACCGCCACCUCCGGGUGCACAUCUCUAUGAAGAAGUUGGGGACAGCACAAUGCAUAAGUAUGAAAUGCCUCAAUAUGGAAGUCGCCGUCGCUUGUUACCACCGGCUGGACAAGAGGAAUAUGGUGAGGUGGUUGGUGAAGCUGAGGAGGAAGAAGAGGAAGAGAAAGUUAAACCCACAGUUGAAAUUAGAGAGCCUAGUGAGGAGGAAGUAGUUGUCACUAUUGAAAAGCCACCAGCAGCUGAGCCUACUCAUACAACAUGGAAGAGAGCCAGGAUAUUCCCAAUGAUUUUUAAGAAAGUUAAAGGGCUAGCAGAGAGAAGAGGCAUCGUUGUCCUUGAGGGUGAAGAGUGGCAGAGACGCCUUGAGGAAGAAGACAAAGAUUAUUUGAAACUCACUCUGGACCAAGAAGAAGAAGCUACAGAGAGCACGGUGGAAUCAGAGGAGGAAACCUCAAGCGACUAUACUGAAUACACGGAAACAGAAUCCGAGUUCAGUUAUUCUGAGACGACAGAAGAGGAGUCGGAGUCAGAGACACCUGAGGAGGAGGAGGAAAGUUCUACCCCUGAAUCAGAAGGGUCGUCCACAGAGUCAGAAGGAGAAAAGGCGAGGAAAAGGAUAUUUAUUGCAAGAAGAAGGCCUGUUGUUGAAGAAGUCGUGGAAGUCAAAGGUAAAAAACAGCAGCCACCUGAAGAGCCAGAAGAACUGCAGGUAGAAGAAGAAGAACCCCCAGCAGAAGGAGAGGAAAGUGAGCUGGCCGCCAUAGAAGAACCAACUGACCUUGAACCUCAAGACGUGACUGAGGAGGGCAGCAUGGAAUCAGCUUCGGUGGAAGGAGGUGUGGAGAGUGAGGAGGAAUCAGAAUCAUCCAGUAGCACCAGUAGUAGCGAAAGUCAGUCUGGAGGCCCCUGGGGCUUUCAGGUGCCAGAGUAUGACCAAAGCAGGAGUGCGAGCCAAAGGAAGCCUCCGGGAGCAAACGCUGAGGGUUACAACACAGCCCUUUAGAAGAGCUCACAGUAGGUGGCAGUUUUGCAGUGAUGAGUGCU